AUGGCCAGUACUCCAGAUACUGCGGUUCUGGCCACUCAACGUCCGAGGGGCCCUCCGCCCUCUACCGGUGGCGCUUCUCAGACUCAGACCACAAGCUCUCGUCCGGAGACCAAAUGCACUCAUUGUGGUGGGAGCAAACAUAUUCGUGCUCACUGCUAUGAACUAAUUGGGUACCCGGACAUUCUCAGCAGCAAGACGAUUGGUUGUGGUACUAGGAGGGGCAAACUCUAUUAUUUGGACCUGGCAUCUGACAGUGAAGCCAGCCUCAGUCAAGCUUACAAAAUUGGGGGGACGAGUGUUGAGAAGCAAACUUCCGAAAACGACCGGUCGCAGACCUCUAGCGACCGGUCUCCAGAUGAAACCAACCGGUCGCCCGAUGCAAACGACCGGUCGCCAAGGACUCUGCCUGAAAGCGACCAGUCGCCACGCACGCCAACAACUUUGCCUGAAAGCUACCGGUCGCCUGACCCUCACGACCGGUCACUCCCCCCAUUUUUUUCUGACAUAGUUCCGCUUCAGUCCGAUCCCAGCCAUCACACUCAGGAGGAGAGAAUUGAAGAGUUUGUGCCUGCUCCGGAGAAUUCUUCAGCUCCAGUAACACACCAAUCACCUGCUGAGGACUUCAUUCGGGUAACUUCUCUACUUGAAACUGAUAACAUUAAUGAAAUAACUGAUUGCAUUUCAGAAGGCGCAGAGCCUACAUAUCAGAUUCCAAAAAGGAAGAAUCGUGGUAAACCUCCAAUUCACUACGAAGCAGAUCUUAAUGCAAAGGGGAAAUAUCCCACCAACAAUUAUGUAUCCCUCACCAGAUUAUCAGAGUCACGGGUACACUUUGUGAAGCAGUUAGCCGACAUACAUGUUCCCAACAGUGUAACUGAAGCACUAGAAGACCCAAAAUGA